CAGUGACACCCACACCAUGUCAGUCGGUUAUCAGAAGGCGACUGAAGCAGACGUCACUAGUCCACUCUAGUGCUAGGUUGUAUAUGUGAGAAACAUGAGUGUGAUAACUUUACUCAAACGUUUUGUUGUUUCGAAUGUCCUUACUCUAUAUUAUUCUAUGCUAGUAGUAUUUUGGUUCGCUGUGAAUUAUUUAAAAAAUCCAUUUAGAAACCCUUGGACUACAAAAGUAAGAUUGGAACCGCCAACAAGACUAUCCGAGCCGAAAUAUGGAGUACAUAAAUACAUCAAAGCAAACAAUAUAAAACUGCAUUACGUGGAAAACGGUGAUUCCUCGAAACAAUUGAUAGUAUUUUUGCAUGGAUAUCCGGAAUUUUGGUAUUCGUGGCGGUAUCAGCUGGUAGAAUUCAGUAAAGAUUACUGGUGUAUAGCUGUGGACAUGAGGGGUUACUGUGAUUCCGAAAGACCAGAGGAAGUAUCGGCUUUCAAACUUGAGUUAUUGGUAGAAGACAUACGUGAUCUAGUACGACAAUUGGGCAGAGAGAAGUUUAUCCUCGUAGCUCAUGACUGGGGUGGUAUUGUGGCUUGCAAGUAUCGGGACCUGUAUUCAGAAACACUUCGAGGUCUUGUCGUGCUGUCUAGUACUGCGAUUGAUAUCUGGUUAGAAGCGAUUUGGACGUACGAAGAACAGCGGAGGAAAUCAUGGUACGUGUUUUUGUACCGAAUGCCAAUAAUUAGUGAAUUAUUAUUUCAACAAAACAAUUUAGAUUUACUGGAUAAAGCGAUGCUUGUAGAAGGAAAAACAACAAUUGACAGUCAAGACAUCGAAUGUUUUAAAUUUUGGUUCAGUAAGAAACAUGCAAUCACACCACCGAUCAAUUAUUACAGAGCUAACUUUAAGUACACAUAUAAAUCUGAAAGAUUUACUGAGAAUUUACCAUUUCUAUUUGCGUUGGGAGAAAAAGAUCCGUAUAUUAUCAAAGAAAUUGGUGAUUUAAUGGAAACACGAUACACGAGCCUUGAAUAUACACGAGUGAAGGAUUUGGGACACUUUAUGCAACAGGAAGAUCCUGACAUAAUUAACAGUUUAAUAAGAAGUUUUUUAAAUAAACAUAAUUUAUAAAAAUUUGCAAUAUGAAAAUCAUAUGAAGUACAGUGAAAUACAAGAUGUUAAUUUCUUUAAUAAUAUAAAUCCAUUGCCAUUCUGACAGUUGAUUAAAGAUUUCUAUCUAUGCGUAUUA